AUGCGCGCCAUCCAUAUGCCUGGCGUGCCAGACGGCGAGUUCUCUCCCUACACGUUUCCCACCAAGCCAUGCCCUCCAGACGACCUGCAGUAUAGCGAUGACUUCCCAGAUCCCACGAUUCCUGUUGAGUCCUCAUCCAACACCUAUACCGUCCAAGUGUAUGCCACCGCACUUACCAAAGGAGAGCUCGGCUGGGCAGAGCUCCUGGAACCACAGCGUUUCCACUCCUUCGGCGGCCCAAUUCCAGGGCGAGAUCUCGUCGGAAGUGUUAUUGGUGUGCACCCUUGCGCCUCGGGCGAAACGCCGAAGUAUCAAGUCGGCGACCAAAUAUGGGGCUUCCUUCACGAAGACGGUGAGGGCGCUGCGGCCGAUCAGGCCCUCGUACGUGAACAAGAUAUCACACACCUACCUGCGAAGCCCGCCACAGCACCAGUGCAAUGGAAGGAGUCUCUUGCAACCAUCCCGCUUUCAGGCCUGACUGCGUGGCAAGCUUUGUUCGAGCACGGGCGUCUUACCGCCUCUAAACAGGACCCUAGCACCCGCAAACGAAUCCUUAUCACAGGUGCUGCCGGUUCUGUUGGCAUCCCCACGGUCCAGCUCGCCAAGCUAUACGACUUCCAUGUCACAGCACUUUGUUCGAAACGUCACAGGCCUUUCCUAACUGCAGAACUGGGAGUCGAUGAAAUUAUCGACUAUACCACAGCAGACUUCAAAGAUGUCCCGUCCUACGCACGUGCUAAGGGCUUACCACCAUUUGACCUGGUUGUUGACUGUGUGGGAGGUUUGACGGCGCAGGCCAUGCUCCUGGAGCCAACGUUCGUCAAGGGCGGCGGACGUAUCAUACUACUCGCCGGACCAGUCGCAGCGUACGGAAAGUCCCUCGAACAGCAAAUCAAGAGCCGAUGUGAAGCUGCAAGCGUUCACCAAGAUUUCUUCAUCGUGAAGAUGAACAGUGCACAGCUUGAUGAACUGGGCAAAUUGAUAACUGCGGGUCUCCUCGUACCACACUUCGACUCGGUGUUUCCUCUGCACCAGGGUAAGCAGGCCAUGAUGAAGGUCGAGAAGAAGGGCGCGGUCGGGCGCGGAAAGGUUGUGAUCGAAGUUGGUGGCACCUGA